AUGGCCCGCUCCGACUUCGGCCAGCUUUCGGAACCGGAAGCCCGUCUGGCGUCGAUUACGGCCCAGCCUGCGUUGAUUGCUCCAGUCCUUCGGAAUGACCAGGCCGAGUCGGAAAAAGCGAUGAUUGAUCACGCUAUUUUACGUGCCUACAGUGAAGCUCCGGCGUCAUCCCACAGCGAGUCGACUCAGUUUCUCAGUCGACUGCGCAUGGAUUACCCUGAGGAGAUCCCCCCGGCUUCUCAACUCCUGUGUUCAAUCUAUGAAAACGAACCUCACCGAGAUGUGGGCUGUGCGUACGCGCUGAUGGACUUGUUCUUCCGCACGCACACACCCUCGAUCUACCACGACCCCGUCAAGGUCUCGGCUUUAACCGACAACGUUCACCCAGUCCGCCUCCGAUUCUGCGAGUUCCUACUGUGGUCCGACGCUACCAUCCACGCCUUGUGCGUCGGGGACCUCGGUACCCGACUUGAACCCUUCCUGCCCCCUUCUGUUGCCGUUGCCUUCGGCCUUGUCGUCUGCGAUGAUCCCGUGAGUGACGGGGACGAUACUGACGACAAUGGUUCCAGCGACGCUGCCGGUGACGAUGACAACGGCACUGAGGAUGAUACCGACGUCGAUGACGUGGCUGCUGCUGCUCCAGACGCUUUAACUGCUCCAAUCGCCACGGACGCUCCUGCUGCCGACGAUGACACUACCAUGAGCUCCCAUUCCGAUGAGCCUGCAGCGUCCCACCACACUGACGCUUCUCUCUAA